AUGUCAAAAGAUAUGCUAAGCAUUGGUUCUGACUCUAAGCCUCCGGUUCUUGCUGUCGGAGAGUAUUUACAAUGGAAAGUUCGAAUGAUUCACUUCCUUGACAAUAAGGAUGAGAAGUUGAUGAAAUCUAUAAAAAAUAGACCUCACAUCAGUUAUAUGGAUCUUCCUGAGCAAACUACCGCUGUUGGUAUUGUUGUGCCUGCUUCUAAGAUAAAGAAAGAUCCACAGUACUACACUGAAACCGAGAAACAAAGGGUCCUAAUUGAUAAGAAAGUUUUGACUUAUAUGUUAAUGGCCAUUCCAAAUGAACUUUUCGACCGUGUUGACAGCAGAGGCUCAGCAAAAGAGUUAUGGGAUGAAUUGGAGAAACAGAUGUUGGAAAGUGAAAAGUCAAUUCAGACACGGAUGAAUCAAUGCAUCAGUGCUUAUGAAGGAUUCAGGGCUCGUGAGAAUGAAACCAUCACUGAAUCCUACAACCGAUUCAAUGUAUUUCUGAAUGACCUAAGGAGGAAUAGUAUUAAAAAAUCCAUGUCUGAAAUUAACUACAAGUUUUUGAAGAAUUUAAAGUCAGAGUGA